GUCAAAAGUUGCGGCCAAACAGUAUUGCUUUUUGGAGUCUCUGAGUUGACGCUCAAUUUUUCACCACUACCGGCUCUGUAUUCAUCUCAUUUUGAGAAAUUUGUACCUCGAUUUGUUGCACGAUCACAUGAUUAUCUUCUUCCUUGUUAUUUUCGCCGGCCACCUCGCCGCCGCAGAUCCUUAUCACAUUUCGAUCAACUGCGGCGGAGAUGCACACGGCGGCAGAAACUGGCUCCGAGAAGGCUCAUCAACCGUCUCAACCGGUCUCAUCACAGCUCGGAUUUCUCGCUCCGAGUUCUCUUAUUCCCUGAAGCUGAGUUCGGGCCCGAAAAUCAUCCGCCUCCACUUCCAACCACCGUCCUACACUGGUUUCGAAAGAUCCAACGACUUGUUCUCAGUCGUAGCUGGUAAUUCAUCGCUACUAGCUAAUUUCAGUGCUUCCGUAGCUGGUCGUGCUCUUGCUGUCAAUGUUGUUGUUAAACAAUUCUGUGUAACUGUGGAAGAGAACGAAACUCUUAACCUAGUUUUCUCCCCUGAUUGGGGCAAUAGCUAUGCUUUUGUCAAUGAGAUUGAGAUUAUCUCAAUGCCUUCCACCACUCCUCCUUACUGUGGUGGUGUGGUUGCCCCAAAGCCUAUCAUACAUGUUGACAACAGCACCGCUCUUGAAAGGGUUCAUUACCAGCACGUAAAAUGGGGGCCUGUUUCAUCUGGGGACGACAUCGCUUCCAUGUUCGGGAUGUGGUCUAAACAACCUAGUGUUGGAGAAGACUCAAAAAUGGGUACUAAUAAGACAUGGAGAGUGUCUAUUGACGCAAGAUUCAAGUAUUUGGUGAGGCUUCACUUGUGUGAGGCAGGACUCCAUAUGGAUUUCGUGCUUCUCAUUAAUGGCAGGGUAGCCUUAACCAGUGCUGACAUGCACCAACAGAGGAGGGGAAAUAGAGAACUCUUUUGGUAUAACAACUAUAUGGUGGUGGACGAAGAGCUCAAGCAAGGUGAUAUCUCUAUUUCUCUGCACUCUCGCCAUAAAUUCUUGGAUAGACACGGCCCACUUGAAGGAUUUGAAGUGUUCAAGAUUAUCAGCCAUCAAAGUGUCAGUUUUCUGACACCGCUGCGCUCUCUAGCAUACAGUAUAUUAUUCUAUAUAUGUAUAGUCUAUUUGGAGCACAAAGUAUCCCAAUAUAAGUUUACCAGGGAGGAUAACAAACCAUUGGCCAGGGCAAAGCAACUCAGUCAUCGCUUUUCACUAGCUCGGAUCCUCAGAAUAUGUGGAUAUGGUGGAGACGGAAAAGGGUUCGUGGAUCAUGGAAGAGAGAUUGUUGUCAUAAAGCCAUUAAAGAUGGAUUCCAACCAAAGGGAGAACAAGUUCCGGAAUGUGAUUGAGGCACUAUGGGGUCUUCGACAUGUUUCCCUCAUUGGUCACUGCAGGGAGCAUCAGGGCGUGGCUGACCACUUCUACAAACUAGCAAGGAAAAGCAAUAACUUUUUUCCUCACCCGUGGAAGCAACGACUCCAGAUCUGCGGUGACGUCGCUCAGGCACUAGAAUACCUUCACACUGACCCCAUGGUCAUACAUCAUGAUCUGAAGCCUGCAAAUAUUCUGACUGACAACAAGUUUGAGGCUAGGCUUGCAGAUUUUGGCGUUACUAAAACUGUGAGUUUCAGUGAGUCACAGAACCAAGAUAGCACAAAUCUUAUAGGAACACUUGGAUACAUUGCCCCAGACUUUAUUACUAGUGGUGAAGGAACAAAGCAUAGCGACACCUAUUCUUUUGGUGCACUGGUGUUGGAAGUAUCGUGUGGAAGAGCUGGUAGAGAGUCACGGACUAAAGUUGAAGAUGUUGAUUAUGAUAAAAUAGAUUUUGGCAAUCAUGAAGAGGUUGAAUUGGAAGUUCUCAUGGACUCCUCGACCGACUCACAGAAGCAGCAGCUGCCUCCAGGCUUCGAGUUCUACCCCACAGAUGCAGAGCUGGUGGUCUAUGACUUGAAGAGAGCCACCAGGAAUUUCAGAAGUGAUUUAGUGCUGGGAGAAGGUGGUUUUGGCAGCAUUUACAAGAGGUUUAUGAAUUGUGAAAGUGAACAAUGCUUUCGUGAAUGGCAGUCAGAAGUGAACUUCGUUAGAAGAGUGGUGAAACUGUUGGGCCACUGCCAUGAGAAACAGCUGCUACUCCUUGGAAGGCUUUCUCAUUUGAAUCUGCUGAAGUUAUUGGGAUACGGAGGGGAUGAUAAUGAGCUGCUUCUUUUCUACAAAUGGAUGCCAAAUGUAUACUUCGAGAACCAUCUUUUUCAGAGUAGGAGAGUAGCUUGCUAUGCAGAUACCAAAGCGCGCUGGAGGAUUCGUAAUUCCUGUGGUCAUUCAGUUCUUGGAGGAGGAGGAUUUGGAAUACCUGUCGGCGUCAAGAAAUCUAAUCAUCAAAACGCGCAGGGGUUCCGAGAGUGGAAGUCAGAGGUGCAAUUCCUGAGAAGACUCUCUCAUCCUAAUCUGGUCAAGUUAUUUGGAUACGGAUUGGAUGAUAACGAGCUGUUUCUUGUAUAUGAAUACAUGCCCAAAGGAAGCCUCGAGAACCAUCUUUUUCAAAGUUAUGGUCAGCCACUGCCAUGGGAUACAAGGAUUAAAAUAUUGAUCGGAGCAUCUCGGGGGCUUCCAAACUUACACUGUUCAGACAUAAAUGUUAUCUACAGAGACUUCAAAUCUUCAAAAAUACUGCUUGACAAAUCGUACAAUGCCAAGAUAUCUGAUUUUGGCCUUGCAACAAUGGGUCCAUUCGCUGAUAAAACCCGUGUGUCAGCACGGAUUAUGGGAACAUUUGGAUACACAGCACCAGAAUAUAUCAUGACAGGUCAUGUAAACGUGAAGAGCGAUGUGUAUGGAUUUGGCGUGUUGUUACUAGAAGUGCUAACAGGUUUGCAAGCAAUUGACCAGAGACGUAGCGGUGAUCAACAAAACUUGGUUGUUUGGAUGAAGCUGCGCAUAUCUGACCAGAGUAAUCUGAUCCAUACAAACAGCAGAUCCACGAUGAUUGGAACAACUCGUGGCAUGCACGCAGUUCAAGUACCAGUUAUCUAUAGAGAUUUCAAGGCUUCAAACAUUCUUCUAGAUGAAGUUAAACUGGGAGUGCUCAUGGACUCCUUGACCGGCUCACAUCAGUGGCAGAUUGAUAGGCGCUCAAUGGUUAACGAGCAACCACCCAUCACAGCCGUGCCAACUCCAGCAAAGAAGCAAGUGCAUCAGAGCAAGCAUAACAAGGCCCACGUUCCAGCCCGAGCUCCAGCUCACAGUGAUUGGUCGAAGCACAAGAUGGAUUUCGAAUAUCCUCCGACUACAUUGCCUCUCCAAAAACAGGCUUGCAACCCACAGACUGGAGUGGAGGUCAUCAACAGUAUACUCUUAUCUAUCCUGUGAUUGUGAUUUCUAGUAAUCUCUAUAUUCUAUUGACACCAAUCACUUAUUGUAAAAUACUUAGAAAAUAAGAGUGGAAAAUAAAAAAAGAGUAUAGCUUUAGUUGAACCAUAAACUGAAGUACAUAUGCCCAAUGUGCGUGUGUUUGAUAUUAUCCCUAUUUCUUGAUGAGAGUUCAUCCUCCUCAAGAAAAUCCAUAUGUAAUUUGAUAUAAGAGUACAUUAUUGUAUCAUAUCUUUUCUUUCUAUGGAGUUUCUGUUUUAUUUGUA